AUGUCCACUCGGAGGACGAACGCGACAGAAGUGCGCGAAUCGAUCGAAGCCAAAACCGCAGGUACAGACGUCGAGAUGAAGGAUGCAGGGGACAACGAUGUCGAUGCCGAAGGCGACCCGGAUGUGGAUAUGGAUGCGGAAGGUGACGAGGACGCAGAAGGCGAGGUGGACGAUGAAGGCCGCCCCGACAUGUAUCGUUUGAUCCAUAACUUGUCGACCUAUCUUUGCAGCGUUGAAGACGAUGGCGAGCAGCUUGCUGCCGGGUUUCAACGAAUUCCCAAUCGACGAACUUUACCCGAUUAUUUCGAAAUCAUCUCGGAGCCUAUUGCAUUUAGUACCAUCCGGGGGAAAACCCAGAAGAAGCAAUACAGCUCAUUCGCCGAGUUCGUCAAGGAUGUUGUGCAAAUUUGUCACAACGCCCAGGUUUAUAAUCGCCCUUCUGCCCCUAUAUUUGGGGCCGCCGUUCGACUGAGGGAAAUUCUCGUCCGUGAGCUCCAGAAGUUGGUAGAGAAAGGACACAUCGCAGCAAGCGAUACGCAGUUGCCCGAUCUUGGUGAGCUCCCACCAGCAGAAGAGUCGCCACCAGCGGAAGACGACGAGGACGACGAGGACGAGGAUGAAGAUGAAGACGAAGAAGAAGAUGAUGAUGAUGACGACUCCGAAGAUGAAGGUGGGCGACAUCGCGGACGAAGACGACGUGCUUCUGGGCGCAAAGAUCAAGACAAAGACUACGAAGACGAUUCGCAUAAGCGAAGGGGACGACCUCCGAGUGUGCUUACUCCGAAUGAAGCUCGCAUCACUUCAAUUCUGAAGGGAUUGAGAAAGCCCAGGGAUGCUGGGGGGCAUCUCCUUGUCCAUCCCUUUGAGAGGUUGCCGGAUAAGGCGGCUGUUCCUGAUUACUAUACGACAAUACAGAAUCCCAUCGCCCUUGACAACAUUAAAAAGAAGGUAAAGCGAAAGAAGUAUCAAAACGUCGACCAAGUGCUACAAGAUCUCAACCUCAUGUUCGAAAACGCCAAACGAUAUAAUGAGGAUGACAGUGAGGUCUACAAGGCUGCUGUUGAACUUCAAAAGGAGGCCCAACUCUUGGCAGAACAGGAGAAGGCUAAGCCUGACGACGAUUUCCGAGAUGAAGACGGAAAGCUGCCUUUAGCAGAGAUUCAGUAUCACGAGCAAUCCUGGAAAGUUGGCGAUUGGGUUCACAUUCGGAAUCCCAACGACCUGGCAAAGCCUACUGUGGCGCAAAUCUAUCGAACUUGGCAAGAUAGGGCUGGCCAAAGAUGGAUUAAUGCCUGUUGGUAUUACCGUCCAGAACAAACUGUACACCGAUACGAGAAGCAUUUCUACGAGCAUGAGGUGGUUAAAACUGGACAAUAUCGUGACCACCAGAUUGAAGACGUCUUGGAUCGCUGUUUCGUCAUGUUUGUGACACGUUUCAACAAAGGCCGUCCACGAGGGUUCCCUCAUGGUAAGGAGAUCUAUGUAUGUGAAUCGCGCUACAACGAGGAGAAAUUCACGUUCAACAAGAUCAAGACGUGGGCGAGCUGUGUUCCUGAUGAGGUACGCGACAAGGACUACGAAAUGGACCUUUAUGAUGUGCCUCGGCGCAUGAAAAAGAUCCCCAGUCCCAUUAAGCAUUUACUUCGCGAAGACGCAAAGGAAACAGAUGAGUUACCAAAGCCAACAUGGGGGAGCCCAAAUGCCCCGCCAAUCGUUGGAGCCGUGCAUCGACGUCCAAGGGAAAUCAAUGAAUCUCCUCCUCCAGAACCCACACCUCCGCCGCAGGCUAUGACAGCUGUCCCGCUAUCCGACGCUGGCACUGAUGCUGGUAGGCGCGCGUCCAUGCUGUCAGUCCCAGGUGCUAUGCCCGGAGACCACUCUGCUCGACAUCCUUCGAUGCCCUAUCCUGGGGGCCCAUCGCCUUCGCCUAUUCCAUACAACGCUCAUAUGACGCCUCAUUUUCAGCCAGUUACGCCAGGAGCCCAGCCUCCACAGGUUCAUCAGACUCCAGUUCCAAUUCCACAUCCACCUCACCUUGGUCCUCAGCCCCAAGUGUCUGUACGUCCUGUGCAAUACCAGCACCAGCCUCAACAUCAACAGACAGGGUAUGCACAAAGCUUCGCUCCUAAUUAUGGGCAGCCAGUGCCUCCCAUGCACCAACAAACCCCGAUGGGAAACCACAUUACCCAAACUUACAACCAAGCGCCUGCUCCUCCUGUUGUGCGUAGCCCUAUGGCUCCCACGCCCGGGAUGCCCGUGCAAAGCGGCAAUGCGUACAACCCACCAAGACCACCAGAAGUCUAUGCGCUCCCCGACAGCAUGAAUGACGCCUUACCGCAAGAGCUCCGCCAGACCUUCCAGCAUGACAGUGCUGGGCGAGUCCUUUUCUUCACUGCCCCGCCCCUUGAGAGACCUCACAAGGGAAUUUCGCAUGAAAGUGCAGGCCUUGGGCACAGUGUCAAGUAUCUUGCAGGUCGGAAAGAAUGGCUGGCUGAAAGAGAGAAGAAGAGGAAGGAGCGCGAUGAAAAGACUGGUGACAUUUUUCAGAACAAAAUCGAGAAAGACGCGGCGGACGCACACGAGGCUGGAAACGCGAUAGUUGCUCAGGCCAGCGAUGCCAUGGCUAAGUGGCUCGAAAAAUAUGAGGAUGACACUCAGAGAUGGACAAACCAAACUGGCCUCGAAGGUUGGCGUGAUGCGACAAAAGCCAACAAGGAAAAGGGCGCCGUUUGA